AUGGCACGCCGAAUCCAUCAAACCCCGCCCUCAAGCCUAACCGCAACACAAUGCGUCCUCUCAACCCCAGAACUCGUCUCCGAGAUCCUCCACUGGGACGCAGAUGGCUACAAAGAACCUGGCUACAAACAACGCAUUGGCUAUAACAACGACCAAACAUUCCCAAAGAAUAGGUUCGCAAGCUACGCACGGGUCAACACCCUCUGGUUCCACCAAGCAAUGCGAUACCUAUGGUGGACUCCCUUACCAUACUCCAAGCUGCGAACGCUUGAAAGGCUCCCCCUGGAACGCAGACAAGUUUACACAAACUUUGUGGUGGAUCUUACCCUUCCGAAUUACUUUCAAUCUAGUUGCAAGGAGAGUAGGAUUCUUGAAAGAUUGAAAUUUCCUCGUCUGCGCUUUGCAAAGAUUGGUAUUUGUCCAGGACAGCGAUUACUCUCUUUGCCUGGCAUUCGGGGGGAUGUGCUUCAGGAUCUUACGAUUGAUGUCUGGAAUGAUGAUGUUCGUAGGGGUGGUCCUCUUUCUGAUAAUAAGAUGCAGAAACGAUUGGCGAUUCGGUUGAUGAAAACGUUUCCUCGUUUGAAGAAGAUCACUAUUACUGCGCCGUCAGGAGCACCAGUCAGUCCGGGAGACCUGGCUAGAUUCCAAGCGAAUUUCACAGGUGUUCACUCCUGGGGAGUCCAGAGAGAGCCCAAUCUCUAG